AUGUUGGGGACAUUUUGGUCAAGCUAUUAGAAACAUAACCACCACAGACUGCCUCUUCCCUCUGCCACUACUGCUGUACUGGUUGGCAUUCAUGAUUCAUGGCUUCCAAGCUUUCCUUCACUUGCAUUCCUGAAUUGCCACUCUCAAUUGAGAAAUUCCCAAAACCCCAUCAAAGGAUUCACCUUGUUCCUCUUCCACCACCAAAUUUCUCUCCUUUGUGUUCCUCCUUGAAGAAUAAUAACAACUCAAGCUGGAGGAGACUUUCUGUUCAUGCUCUCAAACAAGAAGUAAUUCAGUCCCCCAAUUCAGACUCUACCCUUGACUCCAAAGCUGCCUUUCCAGCUUCCUCUAAGCUUGUUCUUGUAGUCGGCGCCUCCGGUGGCGUAGGGCAGUUGGUAGUGGCAUCAUUGCUUAACCGAAACAUCAAGUCACGCCUACUACUACGAGAUCCUGAGAAAGCAACCACCCUGUUUGGUAACCAAGAUGAGGAGACACUACAGGUUUAUAAGGGAGACACCAGAAACCCGGGGGAUCUAGAUCCAUUCAUAUUUGAGGGGGUCACACAUGUGAUUUGUUGCACAGGAACUACGGCAUUCCCUUCAAAGAGAUGGGAUGGGGAUAAUACACCAGAAAGAGUAGAUUGGGAGGGUAUAAGGAAUCUCAUAUCUGCAUUGCCUUCAUCAUUGAAGAGAGUAGUUCUUGUCUCAUCUGUAGGUGUAACCAAGUUCAAUGAACUACCAUGGAGCAUAAUGAAUCUCUUCGGCGUUCUCAAGUACAAGAAGAAGGGGGAAGAUUUUCUGCGUGAUUCUGGUCUUCCAUUUACCAUUAUCAGAGCUGGUAGAUUGACAGAUGGACCUUACACAUCAUAUGAUCUCAAUACACUGAUUAAAGCUACAGCUGGGCAGCGCCGAGCAGUUCUCAUUGGUCAAGGAGAUAAACUUGUCGGAGAGGUUAGCAGGCUUGUAGUUGCUGAAGCUUGCAUACAGGCCCUAGACAUAGAUUUUACGAAAGGAAAGGUUUAUGAAAUUAACUCAGUUGAGGGUGACGGUCCAGGAAGUGAUCCACAGAAGUGGCAAGAGCUAUUCAAAGCUGCAGAAUUCAAAUAACGGGACUUCCAUAUCCCUCUUUGAUCCUAGGAUGAUCCGUAAACAGAGUGUAUUGUUUUAUUCAAAGUGUAUAAACUAUAAAAUGUUUGUACAGUUACAGCACAUGAUUUUGUAACUUAACAAGCAUCAGGAUUGGCACCACACUACCAGUUAAAACUUUAAACUUGUAGAGAAAAUCAGAGAGAUUAGUUUUCCAAAUGAUGGCAAAGAUCAAGAUGUCUUCAUUCCCUGUCUGUCAGCCAUAUCAGUUAUCCAUACAGAAAGAUAUUACAGACAUUCAUCAAACUUAUAUACACCACCCAUAUUCAAUGUUGACAAAAGUUGUUAUAUAAUUAUGUCAAUUAUGCAUCAAGUUUGAAGAAGAGUGAACUUGAUAUGCUAGUAGAAAGAAAUAAGAACAAAGAGAAAGGGUACUAUCAUUAUGGAGCAUAAAAAAGCACAUGAAAAAAAGAUUGGGUUAGAC